UGGUUCGAGCCCUCCCAGUUUGGGACUUGGUGGGCAAUCCUGUCUACAAGCAUGAACCUGGCUGGAGGCUUAGGCCCCAUUGUCGCUGCUCUCGUGUCUCUGAACUAUGACUGGCGCACGACGUUGUCCUUCUCCGGCUUCAUCUGCGUCGUUGUCUCUUUCGUUUGCCUUGUCCUGAUUAAAAACGAGCCGUCGGAUGUUGGGCUACCCAACAUUGACCAAGGAGCCAAGAAAGGAAAGAAAGGUUCCUCCAGUGACAACAGCACUUUGACAGAGCUGCUCCUCUCGCCGUACCUCUGGGUGCUCUCAACAGGCUACCUGGUCGUUUUUGGAGUGAAAACAUGCUGUACCGACUGGGGACAGCUCUUCCUCAUCCAGGAAAGGGGACAAUCCAUGCUUGUGGGUAGCUCCUACAUGAGUGCCUUGGAGAUUGGGGGUCUGGUGGGAAGCAUUGCUGCUGGAUACCUUUCUGACAGAGCCGUAGCAAGAGUGGGUCUGUCAAGCUACGGGAAUCCUCGGCACGCGCUGCUGCUUUCCAUGAUGGCUGGGAUGUGCGUGUCCAUGUUUCUCUUCCGCGUCACCGUCACGGGCGAUUCUCCCAAGGAAAAUCACUUCUGGACUGUAGCCUUGCAACCUCUAGCUGCUCUCACAGGCCUAAAAGAACAUGAGCUGUGGAUCCUGAUUCUGGGAGCUGUGUUUGGGUUCUCCUCGUACGGGCCCAUCGCCCUGUUUGGGGUUAUAGCCAACGAAAGCGCCCCUGCCAACCUGUGCGGCACCUCCCACGCCAUAGUGGCCCUGAUGGCCAACGUUGGGGGUUUCCUGGCCGGACUUCCCUUCAGCACCAUUGCCAAGCACUACAGCUGGGCCACAGCCUUCUGGGUUGCCGAGAUCACCUGUACCGGUAGCACGGUGGCUUUCUUCUUCCUGCGCAACAUCCGCACCAAGAUGGGCCGGGUUCCCAGGAAGGCUGACUGAAAACAAGCUGCUUGGUGAAGAAGGAUGCUCCUGCGCCGACGUGAACGAUGCUUGUGUUUUGUUUAACUGGCCUAAGAGUGAGUUUACCGAUUGCUGCAACCUAGAUAAAAAUGUCUCAAUUUCUCACCCACUGUCAGGUGCCUGAGGGCACGUGGUUCUUGCUACUGAUCACUUUUUCCCCUCGAGAUGUGAUAAUUCAGCUAGUUUACAUGAUUUUGC